AGUUCUGCUCACAGUGGGGUGGGGAGGUUCUUGCAGUGCCCUGUGAGACUGCUACAGGAGGAGUUUCCCAAAGUGAGGGCCCUCUUCUCCUUCUCUGAACACACUCUAAGCUCUAUCUGAAAGCAGCAAGGUAAGUUGAUAUAGGUCCAACCAGGCUGCCAGGGCCUUUCCUAGCACCCUCCCCAAACUGCCCUUGAUGUGUGGUCACAAGUGACUUGAAAUGUUUUACGUGUCCACCUGCUUCUACAUUUUGGUCAAGAAAAGUGGGUUGGGUGCUGGAGAGUGUAGGUCUCAAAUCUGACUGUUGUUUUCUUCCUCCUCUAAAUCCUUCCUGGAGCAGAAGAGUGAGCCAGAGGAGAGGCAACUGAAAGGGAAAAGGAACCUCUUGAACAAAAGGUUAAAGAAUUACAGUCAAAGAUGGAGGGCAACAGAAGUGUCUCCUUGAAGGGAGCUAGACUCAAAAUGACAAAGAAGAUGAGAGAAAGAGAAAACCUUCUGAGAAGGAUGAACAAGAGGUUUGAGAUGUUGGAGAUCUUGGGAAUGAUAAAGGACGAGCUAGGGGAAUGCUGCAAGAAGACAGAUGAGCUUUGUGAUGCAGCCAAGACCUUAGCAGAAUGCACUGAAGGAGAGCCAUCUGAGAGGGAAAAGGAGCUUCUUGAGCAAAAGUAUAAGGAGAUAAGUCAAAAGGUGGAGGACCGAAAAAAAGACUUCGAAGAAUUUGUAGACAAAAUGGUAGAGAAAACAAGACAAAGACAAAAGAUUUCAGCAGAAGAGUGUGUCAAGAGAGUGGCAGCUGAGAAGGAAAAGGAACUUUUUGAGCAAAAGGUUAAAGAGCUGCAGGAACAGCUGGAGGACCAAGAAAGGGUCCCUGAGGAAUUAAGAGUCAAAAAGACAGAGAAACGAAGAGAAAGAGAAAAGACCUCAGCAGAAAUGCUGUCUGAAUUGGAGGUUGCUAUGCAAGAAAAGAAGCUUCUUGAGCAAAUGGUUAAAAAAUUGAAGCAAAAGUUGAAGGACCAAGAAAGAACCUUCGAGAGAUUUAGAGACAAACUCACAAAGGAGAUGAGAAAAAGAGACGACCUUCUGAGAAAGAUGAAUGAGAGGAUUCAGAUGCUGGAACGCUCACUGAGGUUACCGGAAACACUAGAGGAACAGGACAUGAAGAAAGCAAAAGGGCAGGCCAAAAGAAAGGCAGCUGAAAGGAAAAACAAGCCUCUUGCACAAAAGAUUAAAGAAUUGCAGCAAAAAUCGGAGAACCAAGAAAAAGUCUUCGAAGUAUUAAGAGUCAAAAUGACAGAGGAGUUGAAUGAAAGAGAGAAAGCCUCAGCAGAAGAGCAGACCAAAAGAGAGGCCGCUGAGAGGGAAAAGGAGUAUCUUGAAAAACAGGUUAAAGAAUUGGAGCAAAAUGUGGAGGACCAGGAAAGAGUCUUCCAGAGAUUAAGAACUGAAAUGACAGAAGAGAUGAAAGAAAGUGAAAAGGCCUCAGCAGGAGUAGAAGAGCAGAUCAAAAGAGAGGCUGCUGAGUGGGAAAAGGAGUCUGCUGAAAAACAGGUUAAAGAAUUGGAGCAAAAUGUGGAGGACCAAGAAAGAGUCUUCCAGAGAUUAAGAACUGAAAUGACAGAGGAAAUGAGAGAAAGUGAAAAGGCCUCAGCAGAAGAGCAGGCCAAAAGAAAGGCUGCUGAGAGGGAAAAGCUUUUAGAGCAAAAGCUUAAAGAAUUGCAACAAAAGUUUGAGGACCAAGAAAGAGCCUUCAAGGCAUUUAGAGUCCAAAUGACAGAAGAGGAACGAGAAAGAGACUACUUUCUGAGAAAGAUGAAUAAGAGGAUUGAGAUGCUGGAGGCUGCAGUGAACGAUGAUAACGACAAGGAUGUUGAGGAAAACACUGAAAAGUACUGAACUUCAUAGACACAGGAAGAUAAUGACAAAGAAAAUACUUCACAGCCUUUUGUUUUAGUCUCAGUUUGGGAGAACAUAAAGCAUGUGUGGUCACUAAUUACUCAGAUUUUUUGUUUCUUUCUUUUAAAUUCUGGUAAUAUUAAAAGUUUUCACAAGUGCUUUUUUGAUCUGGA